GCGGAAACGGCCACCGCCUCAACCGCCAACCACAGCCUCUCUUCCACCACCGAAGAGCUCGCCGCGCCGGCCUCGAGUAGGGAGCAGGCCUGCAUGCCGCCCCUGCCGCUGCGUGCCCAGGCGCCGCCGCAAUCCCCAGUCGCCAAGACGACGACGACGAUGAUGAUGAUGACGACGACGACGAUGACGACGAUGAAGAACCAUCUUGACCCCGCCGCAUCCCUCCUGACUGCCGCCUGCCCCCGCGUCCCUCGUCUCUCGCCCUCUCCGCCUCUUCCCUCUUCUCCUCCGCCCCCUCGGCCUCCUCCCUCCGCGGCAACUGUACCAUCUUCUGGCGACUGCGAAGUCGUUGCCCGGGAGACGCCGGCCUUUCACGCGCCCCUCAAGCAGGCCGGCACGCAGCCGGGACCCACCGACAUUUCACCUCCGCUUCCGCCGUUGCGCUCCUGCCUUCGGCGCGCCGUCACCAUGAGCCCCAGCGAGAGUCGACACGAAGAAGCGUUCGGUUCUCGUCGCCGCUGCGGUCUCCAACAGCCCGGACAGCCGCAGUUACCGCCAGGCAGACAGUCAGGCGCUAGCGCCGGUGCCGGUGCCGGCGCUGGUGUUGGCGUUGGUGGCAGGCCGAGGCCGGCAAGUCAUCAUCAGGACUCUCGAGGCCUCGGGGCCCUCGACUUUGGUCGACUCGGCGAAGAGGCCACGCCCCACUGCCCUGACGACCACUCGGCCACGGGCCAGCGAGCACGUCUGGCGGCGCGGAGGACGCUCUUCAACGCGGCAGACGCCACUGCGCUCAGCUCCGGCUUCGUCUCCACGGGCUCGUUGCGCAUGGACGCCAGCGCCGGCGGCAGCAGUUGCCAACUGGCCAUGCCGACAGCUUCACCGCCGUCCUCCUCGCCAUCGCCGUCGCCACCGCCGCCUCCACCAUCGUCUGCGCCGGCUGGACCCGCGGCCGCUGGCGAGGCUCGCCGAAUCGCCGGCGCCUGGCCCCCUUCGGCCGGCGAGAAGAAGCGCAGCCGAAGCAUGGGUCCCGUCGCUUGUCUGCCACGACCGCCUGACAUUAUGGUAGGAUAUCUUUCCCUUUCACGUCCAUCUUACCUGCUCUCUCGGCGUUGCCGACACGUCAUGCACAGCAUCUUACAACGCCGCAUCAUAGACCGGCCUUCAGGCGGGGUGAACAGGGCUUUGGGCGAAAGAGACGCCCUCACGUCGAGGUGUCACUUGUGGUUGAACUUGUCCACAUUCCGGUACAUGCCUCGUGGUGAUCGGGCCAGCUAG